AUGACCAAUCUUGCAGACGACGAAAAGGCGGGGAGCGAAUCUGGUGAUUCUCAGAACCUGGGAAACUUGGAAAACAAGGAAAAUUCGACAGCGGGCUCAUCUGUAUCAGAUGCUAUCAGCGCCGCGGCAGCCACUAGCAACUCUGCGCAGACAAGAUUUAGCUUUUAUGACGCUGCCGAAGUCCAACUUCAACUAUCAGGAUCUGGUUCCCCCAAUCAACAGAAAACGGAAGAUCUCAAAAAUUUGAACAGAUUCAACUUUUAUGACGCUGCAGAACUAGAAGAAAAACAGAGACAGCUCCAGUUGGAAGAGCAUAAGAAGCGACAGAAAGAGCACGAGCGUCUUCGGGAAUUGCAAAAGGAACGGGAAAUUAGACAAAUAAAUGAGCGGCCAACCCCUAUAAUACCAGAAGCAGGUGAUAUGGAUGGAGCAGCAGAAGAUAUUUUGAGAUCCUUGCAGGAGACUGAAGAUCAACGAAUGUCUAUUUUACAGGUUGAUAAUCAUGCUGAUCAGACCCCGACAAACGAACAAUCCAGUCGCAGCACUAGAAAGAACAAUCGAAGAACACCGUCCAAUAGUUUGCACGCGACUCACAGUGAACAAACCAUGGAGACUGCACACAAAGGUAGCAUUGAUGGUGAGGAUGCCAAUCCUUAUGAAGACGCCAUCAAGGAAGCUUUGGAUCUAUUGCGUCGACAUCGGUCACCUGCUACAUCUCCUACAGUAGUCGUUACUGGGGGUCCUGGUGAUACCGGAAUGUCUUCUCCAACAAGCCAUGUUCGCUUGCCAACGCCAAAAGAACACGAUCGACUUUUGCACAUGCGGGAGGAUGACACUAGUGAAUUCGAAUCUAAUCAUGGUUAUCUCCAUGAACAGGAUGAUACACAACAUGUUGUUCAGGAGGAGGAUAUUGCCGAUAUAUUGGAGAUCCAAAAAUUAAAGGCCAAACAACGACAAGAACGAAUGGCAGAAUACGCAUCGCGCCUACAAGAGUUUAAAUCUACUCUGCCCAACAACUCGACCGAGAGCAAUAUAGAAAGCAGCAAUUUUGAAGCCCUUGAAAGUAACAGAGCAGACACGGACUCCAUGUCAAUCAUGUCACAAUCGACCAAACAGCGUGAUGAAGAGGUUCAAAGAGGAGUAGAAAAAGUAUUGUUGGCCAUCCUGGAGAGGGCUCAUUCUAGAGGCCGAAGCGAACCUAAACAGGAGACUAUGAAUGAUACAUUGCUUCGGGCGAUGGAUGAGUUGUUGCAAGGCCAAUCAAAGAGCGAUUUGGAUGAUCUGGACGAAGCACAAGAUCAAGAGAAUCUUCCACAACUCAAAACUAAAAGCAUGGAUAGCAAUCCAUCCAAAGUGUCAGAAAAAUCAGUUGUUGACGAACUUCUUGCCGAAGAGGAAGAACAACACGCAGCCAACAAGCGCGCACCGAACAACAGUACCAAAAACAGUACUAGUGGCUCGGGUAGUCAAGGAUGGUCAUCCAAAAUGGUUGAUGAGGAGAAGAAACUACCUGAUUCCAUGGAACGAGUUUUAGAAGAGGGCAAACAUAGCAAUGGCGAUGACGAUAUGGACAAAUAUGCUACUGAGCAAUGCGAUGAAGUUGGAGAGAGAGACAUCAGGGCGGAAGAAGACGAUGGUGGACACAAAGCUCAAAACGAUGUUCAAAAUAAGGAUCGCGUUUUAGGUCCCCUCAGCAAACGAGCGGGGGGGACCACAGGGGUCGUUCUUGACAUUGAUCCGACUGAUGAAGAAAACGCUUAUCCUGAUGAUGAUGAUGACGCCGACGAUGAUGAUGAUGCAACGGAUUUCCACUCCGCUAUGAACAAUGUCAAUGCGAACAUGAUUCAAAAGGACCAACCUCCGCCGUCACGGAAACAUAGCACUGAUGACGAAAAGGGCGUUGGUCAAGAUACGGAUUUGGAUAUUGAUAAAGAAGCGAUGGAACUGAUGAAAACACUCUGUGCCCACUUGCUUCCAUAUUCAAUCGACCCAUCCAAUCGUUUGCGACAAGCGAUUCCAAGAUGGGACGAAGAAAACCCAAACGAAGCAGGGUAUCGUAUCAUCCGAUUGUCUCGGUCACAACUUCGUCGGGUUGAAUUUUCCUUUGAAUCUAUGAUUCAGGACUUCAAGAAGACCUCUUGCAACGGAGCGCUUGAUAAAAAUGCGAGCACGUAUGAUAGCAGCUUUUUCAGCGAUCUGCAAGAAGCGGAACGACUACUAGACAAGGAAGAGAAAAAAAGGCAAAUGUCCAAUUUGCAGUCACAGGAUGCAACAGAUUUUGACAAGGCUUCCGCGGUGUCUGUGGACACAACCUACUCCCAAAACCACCCCGACUUCCCCGGUAUCAAGCCCACUGGGAAGGGGGAAAUGGGAGAUAUGGAGUACUUUCACUUGCCCAUCAUUUUCAAGUCUCAUGUCACUGGAUUUGAGCCCACAAAAGACAUGAUAUUAGAACCUGGAAACGUAGUCGCUGGACAAUACCUUGUCGAAAACGAACUCGGUAGUGCAGCCUUCAGUACAGCGUAUCGGUGCAUCGAUCUGAGUUCUGAAAACUUGGGCGGCCACGAAGAAGUGUGUUUGAAGGUUAUCAAGAACACAAAAGACUUCUUUGACCAGUCACUGGAUGAAAUCAAAAUCUUGGAACUGUUAAGACAAACUGGACAAGUGGACGAGAACAACAUUGUGAAGAUGAAAACUUUUUUCUACUAUCGCGAGCAUCUUGUUAUUGUCACAGAGCUGUUGCGGCAGAACUUGUUCGAAUUUGGCAAGUUCAUAAUUGAUAACGACGAGGAAGACUAUUUUACUCUUCCCCGGUUGGCCUACGUCACCCGACAGGCCCUUGUUGCUCUAAGAUUUGUCCAUGACCUUGGCCUGGUGCACUCCGAUAUCAAACCAGAGAACAUCUUGCUUGCUAGCUACAGCAGAGCCAAGAUAAAAGUGAUUGACUUUGGGAGCAGUUGCUACUUGACUGAUCGACAAAGCUCGUACAUACAAUCGAGAUCCUACCGGGCGCCAGAGGUCGUCCUUGGGCUACCAUAUGACGGGAAAAUCGACGUAUGGUCGCUUGGUUGUGUAAUUGCCGAAAUGUACACCGGCGAGGUAACUUUUCAAAACGAUUCAAUUGUUUCUAUGCUGAGUCGAAUUGAUGCAAUUUGUGGUCCGUUUCCGAGACACAUGAUUGCACAAGGACGCCAGAGUGGGCGUUUCUUUACAAAGAGUGGCCUUCUGUACGAAGCGGUGGAUUCGUCCGACGGGCAAAGAGCACCAGGUCCCCAUGACGAUGAUUCCGAUGACAGGAACGGUCUCUUUGACAUUUUCCAACCCAAACCAACAAAAUUAGCUGCACGUUUAGGUUUCUCAGAACGACUGAUGGAUGGCUUUGAUGGAUCUAAUCUCAACAGCUUUGAUUCCAAACGGCAAAAGCGCAUGAUGAUGACCGAUUUUGUGAGCAAGUUGUUGACCAUCGACCCCAAUGCACGACCGACGGCCGAAGAAGCUUUGCAACACCCGUGGAUGCAAUACGCCACCACAUUGACAGAAGAGCAGAUCAAGUACCCUUCAUCAUAG